AUUGAUAGUCUACUCAUUCUAUGGAGGAAAGACGGCCUGCUUUCUUUUUCUCCCAUCGGAAGAAAACACGACCCGAAGUCAAAAUCGUCCAUUGCUUUUCUCUGCACUUUAUCUUCGUCUCGCUCCCUCAAUCCCUGGAAGCCCGUCUGAGUAAUGAGCUGAAGCGCCGUCUCGCUCUCAUCUUUCAGCACUCUGUCUCUCCAAGUUUCUCUCUCUCUCUGCAUCGAUCGAUCCUUCAGCCUGUUGUCCGACCUGCAUGGACCUAAAUGAUCUUAACAAAGUCUGGGAGAUCAAUCCUCUCAAGAAGAUUGGAGAGGAAGAUGCCAGGGAAAUUCUCGAGAAGGUGGCAAAGCAAGUGCAACCCAUAAUGCGCAAACAUAAAUGGAAAGUCAAGAUCCUAUCUGAAUUUUGUCCUGCCAACCCAUCUCUUUUGGGGCUCAACAUUGGUGGAGGUGCUGAGAUUAAGCUAAGACUGAGGAGGCCAAACAAUGAGUGGGAUUUCUUCCCUUAUGAACAGAUUCUCGACACAAUGCUGCAUGAACUUUGUCACAAUGAAUAUGGUCCCCAUAACUCUGAUUUUUACAAUCUCUUGGAUGAAAUUAGAAAGGAAUGUGAGGAACUGAUGGCAAAGGGGAUCAUAGGCACUGCAAAAGGAUUUGAUCUUCCAGGAAGGCGUUUAGGUGGGUUCUCCCAUCAACCUCCCUUGACAUCACUGCGUCAGACUGCGCUUGCUGCUGCAGAAAACAGGGCAAGAAAUGGAGCUCUGUUACCUUCAGGGCCUAGGCGAAUAGGUGGUAACAGUGAAAUAAGGAAUGCUCUGAGCCCAAUACAAGCUGCUGCAAUGGCGGCCGAGAGGAGACUGCGUGAUGAUUUAUGGUGUGGAUCCAAGUCUGCAGAAGGAACCAGUCUAUCUCCCUCCGGGCCUUCUGAAAGUUCAGGAGUCUUCUCAUCAUCGAUCAGUAAGUUUACUGACCACAAACCUUCUCGGGCAGGAGCAGAUGAUCAUGAGACGUGGCAGUGCCGUACUUGCACACUAGUGAAUCAGGCUCUGCAUUUAUUGUGCAAAGCCUGUGGAUCCCCAAAACUGGAAGAUGCUGGGAGGUUAAAGCUCUGGUCCUGUAAAUUUUGCACACUUGACAACAGCACUCAGCAGGAUAGGUGCUUAGCAUGUGGGGAAUGGAGAUAUUCUUAUGGCCCACCUGCUUCAGCCCGAGGACCCUAUGUCGGUAGCUGACGGGGUGAAAAGGUCACAGGACUCUUCUGCAGGAUGUUACCCAGGUUUUAUAGAUUACAAACUGAUAUAUUUCUCGUGAUACUUUUCACAUAUGUAAAGAACUUGACAUUCGCAUGUGAAAACUGAAAAGUGCGUUGUGGAGCAAACGUUUUAGAAUAUCCCUUUCACAGUGGGCAUGACCCAUACAGACGUCAGCAUAUUUCUUUUUUAUUGGCCUUAUCCCAAGUAUCAUAGGAGCCAUCAAAGAACUAGGUGAUCCUUCCUUGAUGAAUUGAUGACAAUCACCCCUUCUUUGUAUCAUUCGAUUUGCUAUGCCUAUUGCCUGGGUUUUGACUUAUGAUGAAUAUCAACACGUUGGGUUGUUGGACCA